UCAGUCUGCUCGCUGAAUUCGCCGCGUUCGCUCUGUUCGCUCUGUUCUGUUUGCCUCGUUUUGGCCCGUCCGUUUGCCAAAUUUCGUUUGCUUUUUGUGUUCCCGUUGUGCAAGAACAGCCAAACAGAAACAACAACUACACUAGUACAACCAGAAAAAUAGUAUUUUCGUCGUCAACGUGCCAUAAUUUCUUUUUUCUGCUUAGCCAGCAAAAAAAUAGAACUUUUGGACUGGGAAAAGUUAGAUCUUCAUGAAUUAAGAACAAAAUAGGAAAGCUGGAAGAGCCAAAAAAUAGAAAAAUUCGCACUCAAGCAAAACACCAAACGGAAGAUCCAAAGCAAACAACCAACCAACAACAUCAACAGCAUCAACUAAUAUCAAAUUAAAUAACUAAGCCUAAUAACGUAUACAUUUAAAGAUCUAUUUAUAAAUUAAUAUUUACCAUAAUGAUUUAGUAAGUUAAGCUUAAAGUACAAAAAAAAAAAAAUAAGAAAAGCAAAGAAAAAGAAACACCACAACCAACAACAACAUCAACAACCAACCAACCAACAGCCACAAAUAAUUAAUCAAUCAUUAAACGGAGUAAAUUCACAAAUCUGUAAUAAAUGCAAAUGACAAGGAAAUAACGAAAACGACAACAACAACAAGUCACCGCCAACAACAACAACCACACAUCGGCAGCAUAAUUAACAACAACCAACAACAACAACGGAUCAAUACCAAAGAUGGAGGCAAAAUUCUUGGCUAGCGCUCUUUCAUUCCUCUCGAUAUUUUUAGCGAUUUAUGCUCAAUCACUUGAUAAGCUGGUGCCAAACUAUGAUAAUGCCGAGCAUCAAAUGAAAUUUUACGACAUCAGAUCGCCGCUCGUUCUCAGCUGCAACGUGAAAGACGGUACGCCGGGCGGCGUGCUCAUAUGGAAAAAGAACGGCACCGCUGUGACGGAUGUACCUUCUCUCAGAGGUCGCUUUAAGUUAAUCGCAGACGAGAACAAGUUCAUCAUCGAUAAGACGGAUACGAACGACGAUGGCAAAUACAGUUGCGAGUUUGACGGCGUGUCCAAGGAAAUCGAAGUAAUUGCCCGCGUUGUUGUACGAGUGCCUUCAAAUACAGCCGUUGUGGAGGGUGAAAAGAUGUCGGUGACCUGCAGCGUUGUGGGUACCAAACCAGAGUUGACAUGGACCUUUGCCAAUGUAACGCUGACAAAUGCCACAGAUCGCUUCAUUCUCAAACCAGACGAUAAUGGUGUUCCUAACGCCAUUCUGACACUGGAUAAUGUGACAUUGGACGACAGAGGCGAAUACAAAUGCAUUGGACGAAAUGCGGCCAAUGUCUACGGUGGGAACACCACCACUCCUGCCAGCGACGUCACAACUGUGCGUGUUAAGGGCAAAUUUGCCGCCUUGUGGCCUUUCCUGGGCAUCUGUGCUGAGGUGCUGAUUCUGUGCAUCAUCAUUCUCAUUUAUGAGAAGCGACGCAACAAGAGCGAACUGGAGGAGAGUGAUACUGAUCCCCAAGAACAGUAAGUGUGCUACUCUCCAACCCACACACCAACCAACCAACCAACCAACCUACCAACCAAUCAACCCCACACCACAACAAACAAAAUACCAACAACAUAAACUGUCAACACCAAAUAAUAUUAAAAAUCGGCAAACAAACAAACAAACAAGAAACAAAACGCAACAGAAGAGGAAAAAGUUGAAAUUUUAGUUUUAUACUGCAAAUUAAAGACGUUGAAGCUGCAGGCGAAUGCAGACCAGACACCAACAUAACCAUACGAAACCAGAUACAAAUACGGAUACGGAGAAGAAUCGUACUUACGGACGGACAGACAAACGGACGGAGGUGCGGCAGCUACAACAAUUAGUAAAAUUUUCUUAGUUAACAAUUUCUAAUAGUUACCACAAUGGGAAACGAAAAAUGAAUAUGAAUGAAUUUUGUGUUUGACGCAAACGGAUAUGCGAUAAAUUGAAAAGUUAAAUGUUAAGAAAUUAUAUAGUUUUUGCUAAUUUUGUAUUAUAAUGAAGUCCACUGUGCCUGGAGCGUCGCAAAGAAAUUAAUAAAAUAACGAGACCCAGAGUAGUGAAAUGGAGAGUGAUCCACUAAUCGUUGUGGUUUCUACUUUUUUUUCGAUGUGUGCUAAGCGAAAGCAAAUAUAUUCGUAAUCCGUAUAUUUGUUUCGCCCAAAAACUCUGACAAACACAAAACGGAAACGGAAACACAAAACGAACGCACACAGACAGCACUCACUCACACCAACACAUCCGAGAGUUAAAACAAAAUAUGUAGUUCUCUAGAUAUAAUAUACUAUAAACUUAAUUCAUCGUAAAUAUGCCCUAUAAUUUCUUGCUUUAUUCAAAUCGAAAAUUCAUUUUUCGCUGAGCUUGUUUCUGUUGCUUAAAAAACUACAAACGAAACUUAAUGAGAACACGUACACAAAUCCUUUCUUUUUAUGUCAAAGUCCAGUCCAUAAUAUUAUUACUAUCAUGUAAAGGAAUACGACAAGAAAAUGUUAUCAACUUUGUUUUUAAGUACUUAUUGUUUAAUUAUAUACAUUUAAAAGAAACCCACAUUAAAAAAAGAAAACACCGUAGUCAAAGCAAAAGUUGUCAUUUUGCUUUGAGAGAUAUAAAAAAACACAGAAUUAAUCGUUACUUAUGUAUAUUAUAAAUCAUUAUAUAAGCUUAUUAAUUUCUUGGCAGUGAAUAAAACAUACACACGAAAACACAGAAGUCGUAGCUCAACACGUUUGCAUUGAUUUGGAAUUAUAAUUAGAAUUAUUUGUAUAUUGUACACAAAAGAGUAUUUUCCCCGACACCCAAUGCCCCUCAACCCUGCCCCUCUAGUUGCGCACUUUCUGUUUUUUCUUGUCGCCUCUGUUGAUUUUGCUGUGUAUAAACUCGAUAACUUUAUCAUUUUUAUUCUUUGUAUCUAGUAUCUAAACACUUGUGCUAUUCUCUACCGAUUACAACUAUCCAUUAUGAUUUUGUGAGUUUUGAGAUUGAUUUCUACCGAAAUAUAAAACAAACAACAACAACAAAAAAUACAAUUGUAAAUUAAACAAAUGAAAACAAAAAAAAAUAUAUAAAAAAUAAACAAAAAAAAAAAAGAACAAAACCAACCAAUUUGCAUUUUUAUUAUUUCUUCCACAUUUGACGUAGUGCUACCCUGUAAAUGAACUCUCUUUUAUUUCUUAGAUCCUGAUUUCUGCUUGCCUGCGCCUGCCUUAUAAAUGGGGUAAAAUAUCCCCAGUGAAUCUUUGUUUUACUUCCGAUUUGGUUUCAGUUGCUGAUUGACUUAUGUUUUGCUGCUCUUGACGAUUUUCAGUAUCUUUGAGUGAUUCGUCUUAGCUGAUAAUCAUGGAAAGCUAAUAAAAUGUAUCUUUCAUUCUUUUCUUAUUUUCCCAUAACUAUCCAUAUGAAUUGUCGAAUAAACCAACAUUUCUUUUGAGUAGUUGAUCAAGUUCGCUCUCUAGUUAAAACUAAUUUGAAUGAGAAAUCCUAAAACAAAAACUGAAAACAUGUGGGAGAACCUGCCGCUUGAUUCGAUCGAUUGAUUGGUUGACUGUUUUCUGCAAUCAUCAUAAAAAAAAAAACUGAAAAUUCAAAUCUAAAAAAACCAAAAACCGAAUGCCACCACCAAAAACGAAAACUAACCCAAAAUAUAAACCUCGCCCUCGAUCAAUUCUCCAUGAACCCGCCUUGACUAAAUAAAUCUGAUUAAAAAGUGCCCAGCGUCAACUAACAUCAACAACUACAACUCCAGAAACAACAAUCACUGCAAUAAUUUACCAAAAUAGUAACAAUCGGAAUAGCAAUAGCAACAUCUACGGCAUCUGCAACAGCAACAACCAAAGUAGUCUAAUUUUUCUACUAACAAACCAUUUUAAUUAUUCGUUUAUUAUUUACUUAUUUUGCAUUGGAGCAUAGACAAGUUCAUUAAGUAUUUGAAUGCGAUCCUUCUCUAUUAUAAAAUCUAUCUGUGACCUUGACAUUUUACGUUGACUUUAUUCAAAUUCGUUGAUAAAACCCCAAAUCCAAUCACAACAACAUGAGCAAACCAUCACUCAAGACCUCCAAACUAAUUCAAGUGAUUUUUGCAAUUUAUUCUUUAUUGCAGGAAAAAGAAAAGGAGAAAUUAUGAUUAAAAUUCCUAAGUAAAAGAAAGAACACACCGUAUAAAAAAUAACAAAUUAAACAAUAUAAAUAUGAGCAAAAACCCACUAACUGAAAGUAAAAUGCAUUAAAAAAAACAUUACAUAAACUACAUAAAACUAGCGAGAUCGAGCAUGGUAAUGAUACCGAAAUAAGGAAAACAGUCACAAGAGAAAAAGUUGUGUAUCCAUGUCCCUGUCCCAAUAUCCCAGCCCCAGCAAAACAGCAAAAUUUGUUUAGCAAAAUUGUAUUUUAUUAAUGAAAUAUAAAGGAAAAGCAAACAAUUAAUAUUAAACAAGAGGAAACCGAAGUAAAUCUAAAAUAAUAUUAAAACGGAAAGUGAUAGCAGUUAAACGAACACUAAUAAGAGAAUAUGAAUAGACGAUGGCAGAAUAAAGGAACUUUAGCAAUUAACCUUAAAGUGAAUCGUUAACUCCAAGCAAAAAUGUCGCACAUGCCACCCCUUUUCCCACGCACCCUCCACCCGAACAACAGAAUAAUAUUGUACAUAACCUAAAAAGUUGACAAAAGCUGAAGAAAGGGCACUUUCUUCUGUCUCUGCCCGACUCACCGUAGAAGCGAGCAGCCAAGGCUCUGUCUCUCUCUUUCCUAGCAGGAGGACUCUUUAUACGACUAUGAUUUUUUAGGUAGCCAUAUUUUGAGGUUAGUUUUCAGUUCGAGACGGAACUUAGCAAAGAACGCAGAAGAAGCAAGGCGGAAGCGGAAGUAACAGCAGCCACAACUGAGAGCAAGAUGGCGGAGGAGAACAGGAUGGAACUCGAUUAAAUGGGAGACCGUUUGCAAACGACGUUGAAAGAACUUUGUUUAUUUAACUAAGUUAAUACGGUGUAUUGAGAAAAACUGAAGAUGAACUUUUUAAACAAUUAAGUAGCGCGUUAUGAGUAUAUUUUUAAAGGAUUAAUACCACAACUAGUAGCUGAUGAAAGGAAAGGUAGACGAAGCGUUGGAAGCGAGAACAUUGUAUAUUGCAUAAUUUUAGGAGAAGAGGAUGGACGUAAAUCAGAUGCGUACUGCCAAAACUUGUAAAGUUCAGUACUAUUUGCUUAGCCUCAUUUUUGGUAAACAAAAACUAAAAAACCAAAAUCAAAACACACUAAGAACUAAAAACAAAUACAAAACAAAUCAUAAGCUCUGUUAAUUCAUUUCUGUUGUUGUUAAGUUCGGUUGUUUAUGUAUGUAUAAUGUAUGUGUAUAAAAAUCGAAUUGCGAAAGAACUUAAGCGGUCUUCAAUUCACACCCUAACACGUAAUCAUAAAUUAUAAAUUUGUAUGACAUUAAUUUUGGUUACAUAUGUACGUUUUCAUUUUCGUAAAUCUUUCGUUGUUGAUUUUUUUGCCGCCACCAAAGCUUUAAAUAUUUACAUAGUAAACUGUGUUCUCAGCAAAACGAUCAAGUUAAUGAAAUGAAAUUAUGUUAAAUGAUAGAAGACGAGAGGAUUUGUAUAGUAAACUAAAUGAGCAUAAUAAACAGAACCCUUGAUAAAACCAACAAAGAAAUUUUCUUGUUAUAUAUAUAAAUAAAGAAUAUAUAUAUAUAAUUACUAUAUAUAUACAUGCAUAUAUAUAUAGAUCACGUGUGUGUGUGUGCAUGUUCGAUUACAUAGUUAUAUACAUAUGCGAUGAAUUACAAAAAUAGAUGAAGAGGGGAAAGGUAAAUAAUAGCCUAGAGAGGAGACUUUUUGGAAACCGUCGAUAAAUUCUCGUGCAUAAGUUUUUUAUUCAUGUACAAUUGUUGUACAGUUUUUGUGGCUUAUUUGUGUAUAACAACUAUUAAUGACAACAACAACUACUACUUGUAUUACAAUUGAUCUAUUAUGCAUAACUGUACAUUAAAGUGAGACCCUACCCCCCACUUCGCCCUUAAUUUUUUUUACUUCUGGGCUUGGAUCCAUCCGACCAACCGACUCCCCUAGAAAACAUCCCAGACGUCCUUGAACCUCUUUGAACUGAAAAGCGAACCCAACAACACGAACAACAACAGCUACGAUACCUAUUUACUGCUAUAUUGUAUGACGUAAUGUUACCCACAACAACAGCAACAACAUGAACAACUAACCAUACACACGUAACUAACUUUAAACCAAACCAAAAUCAACUUCGGAACACUCGUCAACUAUGCUAUAUAUAUGUACUUAAAUAUAUAUAUAUAUAUAUACAACAGCAUACUAACGAAAGGAUGCAAAAACCAAACGGAAACUAUACAUACUUAUAAAAUAUACACCUAUAUACAAACAACCACAUACGCAGUAUUGUAUGUCUUUUUGUACAGAAAACAAACGACAAACUACUAAGCCUGACAACAAACAAAUCGUGUAUCCUAACUACAAAUCCUCUCAGAUAGAACAUAUGACGCCUCCACAGCACCACUGCUCACCACACUCACCCCUGGAACUCCACAUCCAUACCCAUUUUGUAUCUUAUGGUCAGGUCUCCCUAUCAUUUACCGAUCACCGACCGACAACGAUCCAUUGUUCACCUCCAUCAAUUGUUGCUAACUAUCGAACAGUAUAAUCAACAAAUGCAGAAUUUCUUGGCACACACUUUUGAAUCUCACGCGGUAGUCGCUUCAUGAGUAGAGCAGCUAGAUGUGAGCAUCGGACGAAGAUCUAGUUGAGUUACGCAAGAAGGAACCUUAUAUAUAUUAUAUAUAUAACAUAUAAAUAAAUAAUAUUAACAAUUACAUGUACUUUUAAUUAGACGCAUAAGCCAAAUGUCGAGGGGAGUUAAAUCACAAGCCGAAACGAAAGCUAAGACUAAACCUAAGCCAGAAAAGCGGUUCGCAUCGGUUAUCCCACGAUUGAUAGAUACAAUUGACAGGUUAGGUUCGAAAUUCAGGAAGGUCCUCGGUUUUAUAUACAUAUGUAUUUCUCACGCAGCAGCGAGUAUGCAACUUAGAGCUUGUAUAUUUGAAAAAUUAAAUCACAACUGUCUCUCUUCGAAUUCCCGUACAGUGCGUUUCGGAGCUGUAAAACCCAAAGAUAGCAAAAAUGACAAAUGCCCCCAAAAGUUAUACUAUCAUUAUGCAAUGAAACCCACAAUUUCAACACUUGUUAUGGCAUUGAAAUCACUUGCAGCUACAAAACACAUUGUACGCGAAAUCAGAGCCAAAUGUAUGUUUAUUCAAAACAAUUCUUUUUGGCGGACGGACUCUCUCACUGGCAAGUCACACAUUUUGUAUGAAUUCCGGCUCUGGGAAGGAGCCAGCUUCCGAUAGAUAUGGAAAUGAGUAUAUGGUGGAGGAGCCAUCAGCCGGCCAGGCUGAGAUUCCUGCGAACCGAACCCAGAAAAAACCGAACUUUGUUUUCCGCAGGCGCCCAGGGUAGUGCUAAUGAAAUCUGUAGGAGAGAUACUGUAGGAAAACAAAUAAUUGCCUUAGGGUUUCAGUAGAAAUAAAACCAAACAUUAACAAAUAAUUUACCUUUUAAAUCAUUUCCCUUAUCGGCGUCUUUAAGCAAAACGUGUGACUUGGCCUUAAAGCGGGUGUGAGUGACAUCAGCACUCUAUAAACCAGUUAAAACUACGGGUAAACACGGUUCGCCAUAAAAACCGAUACCAAAACCGAAACCGAAGAGCCGAGUGCAGUUAAAUAUUCUGUAAUCCACGCUAGUAACCGAAUGUCACACAAAACACACACAUGGGACGCCGGAGGCAGAUGGAAUCCUUCCGGGAUGAGCUAGAUAUAUAGGAUAGCUAACCGCAUAAGCCUUUAGGGGAGUUAAAAUGACAAGCAGAUCAAAUCAAUUAAGUGCCAGACUCCCGACCCUCUCCUAGCCAGACUUCGCCGUAUGAUAACCAAAAUAGAACUCGAUAUCAGAUCCCGGGAAAGGAUUCCAAAUGAUUCUGACGCCACCCAUAUGCGAAAUGUCUUCAACUAGAGCGAACACGAAACCGUUUCAGAAUACUAAUCGAUAAAACUAUGAUUUUUUAGCAAUUUAUAUAAAUUACAUAUAUACAUACAAAUACAUAGAUAAUGAAUUAUUGAAACCGAAGCUAAAACUAGACCUAAUCCUAAAUCUAGACCGAAGAGAAAUCACAAACAAGUCAACAGGGCACAGCGCUUCUUAACUAUAUUAAUUUCGACAAGCAGAACUUUUUCUAAACCUAAACCUAAAACAAACCAAGAAAAUGUAAAACCAACGCUAAUCUUAAACUAUAACUAACUUUUUAAACUAAUAUUGAAAUUGAACCCAACAAAGUGUUCAUUAAACUAAAACCAAAGGAAUACAUAUGUGUAUGUACGAGCAUGUAUAUGUACUUAAAGUUAUACAUUAAAGAAACACAACAUUUUGUAUGGCUAUGGCAAAAACAAAUCCGAAAAAAAAACCGAACAAAAUACAAAAAAAAAACGAAAUAAGCAGAAGAUGGUGAAAAGAACCCAACAAUUUAGCUAAGUAAUUUAAUGUAAAGAGUUUAUCGAAUAAAUUGAGAGACAAACCAAAAAGCAAAAAACAAAAGGAAAACUUUAAUGAAACUUUCAUCAGAUUUCUAACGAACUUUACGAAUUUCCAAUAAGAAGAAAACUGCGCUCUUUACGCCUAUCUACCGAACAUCUCUUUACAUAGACAUUAUAUGAUAUAAAUAUAAUUAUAAUGGAGGAUCAGGUCCAGGGAAACCGGGACCGAGGCCGAAUACUUACAUAAGCAUACACUUGUUUUUAGCACUAAAUGAAAUCUCUUUCGUUACUUUUGUUUAACAAAUACUAAUUAAAACAGAUAAAUUAAUAUACAUACAAAACAUACUAUAAACAUACAUACUAUAUAUACAUACAUUACAUAUAUAUAUAAAUAGAGUUUUUUAGAUCGAACGCCCGACGAAAGAAACAAAGCCCUAUUCCCAAAAACCAAAAGUCCCGGAAACUAAACACGCAAAUCUCGUCUCAUCUCACGGAUGUGCUACACUAAAUUAGUAACUAAACUAAACUAAAACUAAACUAUUGUUAAACCAUUAAACACACGCAUACAUACACGAACACACAAGUCAUUAACUAAAUAUUACAUGGCGGACAAACAACCAAGUUAAAAGUUUAAGCCAGUUUAAGCGAAAUCAAAGUGGAGAAGUGAAGUGGAGAUAUGGAGAAAUUGGGAAUUUGCGGCCGCUGGCAGUUAGAACUUGAAAAAUCCCCGAAAAAAAAAGGCAGUUAGUAAAUGAAGUAAAAGUGAGCCGAACGAGACCGUUAGUGCAGUAUAAUAAACAACAAAUUGUAUUAUAUCUAAGCCCAUGAAAUUAAAACAAAGGUUAAACAUAAUGAGAACACGACAAAAAUGUUAAUUACAAGCGCUAAACAAGUAAAUAGCUAAACCAAACCAAACAGAAGGAGCAACCAAGGCAGCGUGUGGCGGCUAUUUAUUAUUAAAAGUGAUUUAUAGGGCAGAGUUGAAAAGCAACUUUCAGCUAAUAUAGAUUAAUAACAAAUAAAGACCGAAAAACCACAAAAAAAAAACAAAUAUUUUAAAGCAAGCGCUUGAAUUGUACAUUUUUACAAGGCAACUGUACAUUAAGCGCCCACGGCAUUAAGUAAAAAAUAAAAACAAAAAAAAAAAAACAAAAAUAAAAACCAAAAGAGUUGACAAGCACAUAAAACAAAAGCAAGAACAUAAAAAUAUAAAAUCCAAAAAAAUAUACGAGACAGCAACGGAGUGUGCGGCUGCUGACCGGACACACAUGAAGUUGCCUAGCCAGAACGGAAAUGAGUUUAUUAAAUAUAUACAUUUAAAAAUUCAUAAACAAAAAUCAUGAGAUGGAAAAGAAACCCAAAAAUUCGUUGCAUAAUAUUUAAAACGAAGGUAGUAUUAAACUCGAUUGCCUAAUUCUAAUAUUAAAACCAAAAGAAAACAAAAAACUAUAAAAACAUUAACAUUAACAGUAAUAAUAAUAAUGAAAACAAGAACAACAAAAAAUGUUAUUAUACUUAUUAUACCGAUUAAAAUGAAAACAAAAACAGAAAACCGACAAAAAAAUGAAACAAAACAAAUUAAAAUAAAAAUUUUAUUUAGAUU